AUCAAAAUCCCCAAAACCAUUCGGUGAACCCACCCCCAAAAUCCCAGCCUAACCCGAAAAUUGAGAGAGGAAGAGGAAGAAGUAGACCAAGAUUAAGAGGGAGAAAGAAAUUGAGGUUUGAAAAAUAACAAACGGAAAGCCCAAUUGGGCCCAAACACUAAGCCCAUAAACCUUGGAACCAAUAAAACUUGCCGUGGAAAUAGCAAUUUACCCACAUCUGAGUCUGACCCGAAACUCGUUCUUCGUUUGUUUUCAGAGGAAAAUAACAAUGGCAGCUGAGUCUCAGUCUCCGAGUUCUGUUAAAAAAGUGGUUGUUCAUCUGAGAGCCACUGGUGAUGCUCCUAUUCUCAAACAAGCGAAAUUCAAGGGUUUGGGAGAGAUACCUGGAACUGACAAGUUUGCUAAAGUAAUUGACUUUCUACGCCGACAACUUCAUCGGGAAACAUUGUUUGUCUAUGUCAACAGUGCAUUCUCUCCAAACCCAGAUGAAUUGGUGAUUGAUCUGUAUAAUAAUUUUGGUUUUGAUGGUAAACUGGUGGUUAAUUAUGCUUGUUCCAUGGCAUGGGGCUAACUCUUGGAUUUUGGUGAAGGGUCUGCUUGUGUAAAUUCAUUUUAAACUUGGAUUAUUACUUCCAUACAAGCAAGGAAACAUGAUUUGAUGGUAAAUUUGAAGAUUGUGAUUAGGGGAUUGAAGAUUGGAACUGAAAGUUUAGAUUCAUAAUCAUUUGAGUUGAAGCCACACUUUUAUUGAGUUGCUUUGCUUACAAGCUGUAAUUACCUGGUUGAUUGAUAUUCAAUACAUAAUGAUGUAUAUAGCUAAAAGGUUAAUGCUAAAUGUGCUCCAUGUGGAUUCUCAAAAAAAAAAAAAAAAAAAAAUGUGCUUCAUGUGAGAAAAAUUUGUCUAAUGAUAGCAAAUUGACUUAUCAGUAUUAUUGUCUCAUUAAAAACAAAAACCUCAUUGCAUUUUAAAGCUUUCAUUUACCAUGUGCCAUAAAUUUUGAAAAGUAAGUACUUUAUUUACGUCGUGUCCUUGUACUUCUAUGGGGAUUGUCAUCAAUGAAGUGGAAUGCAUUAUUGAAA